AUGACUCCCAUACUCGACCACCCCUCGCUCGAAGGGCCUCGCAAAACCCCCGCGAUCCAACUUCCCGUCCAGGCCCCGUCUCAUCUCCACGCGCCCCCUUCGCGCAAUGGCCACGUCAACCUGGAUACCUUUUCGCCCGUGAAUGAGAAUGGGAGUUUUGAAUUCGAUCGCGUGUUGAAAACGGGACGGGUCUACCGUCGGGUCAAGCACAAACAUGUCUUUCGAGCCUCGUGGAAACCUGCCUAUCUCGUCCUCCGACCGAAUCUCCUUUCCGUGUACAAAGACGAAGAAACCACGCGACUUCGCGUCUCCAUCACUUUGUCCGAAGUGACAGCGGUCGCGUCGGUCAAGUCUCCGCGCUCGCAUCGACACCAUGUUUUUGGCAUUUUCACCCCUUCCACCAACUACCGCUUCGAAGCCCGAUCGGAGCGCGACGCCGAGGAUUGGAUCGAUCGCAUCCGCGCCGAGAUUCCGGGGGACGAGGAAGAAGCGGCAUUUCUGGCCCUGAGCAAGAAGCGCGACCCUCCCGCUAUCCAUAAGCAACUCGUCGACGACACCACGGACCAUUCCGAUUUCGAUCCCGGCCGCGUGAGCUCCCCGGAGCUGGGUCGCACCCGGUUGCCGCGCCCGGCCAGCCGCACCUACAAACCUCCACACAUCCAGGACUACUCGGGGAACGAAAUUACCUCUUACUCGGAACUCUCCGAUGGGUCACCGCCCACAGCCCACAGCCGGCUGCGGUCCAUCUCCUCCGUCCAUACUUUGUCCAUCUCAGCGCCCGAGGAGAAGGAGAAGGAGAAAUCACCCAAUUUGCCUCGCGACACCAGUCGGCAAUCGGAGCUAUGUAUGGCUCGUGAUCCAGAACGCGUGGUGUGUCAGGGGUAUCUGCAAGGUCUGCGCAUUAAGGGCACUGUACGCCAGUGGAAACGACUCUGGGUCGUACUGCGGCCCAAGAGCCUGGCUUUCUACAAAGAUGACCAGGAGUACUCCGCUAUCAAAAUCAUUUCUAUGUCCCAGGUGAUCGAUGCCGCUGAGGUCGACCCGAUGUCGCGAUCCAAGAAAUUCUGUCUGCAGAUUAUCGCCGAGGAAAAAACCUACCGGCUCUGCGCGCCUGACGAGGAAUCUUUGGCCCGCUGGCUGGGUGCUUUGAAGAGCAUUACCGUUGCCCGCAAGAAGCCAGCUUCCGCUGGAACGUGA